AUGCCUUGCCAGCAGAAUGAAGCUGAUGAAAUGGAAAAUCCUAUUGAACCUCUGAAUAAGAGGCCUUGUUUGUCCUCUGAAGUUGAUUCUACUCCUUGCAUGUCAGCUUUUUCAUUCCCAUUACCAGAAAUGGAGCAAAGCUUUGGUUUGGUCACAACCACAGCCACAAAGAUAGCUGAUGAAGAGUUUACUAAGGAAAAUAGGAUGCAACUUCAGGUUUUACAAGCUGACAAACCAAAUAAAGUUUCUCCCUUAUUGAUGAAGGAAGAGUCAAUAGUUAGCCAAGUAUGGAUCACAGGUAAGGACGCUAAGGAUGCUCUAACUAAUCAAGGACAUAAAUGGAGGCAGGGAACGUGGUCCAAGGAAGAAACAGAUAUUCUGAUGAGCAACAUCGAAAAGUAUAUGAAUGAACGUGGAGUCAAAAAUCCUGCAGAAAUCAUUUUUAAGAUGUCAAAAGGUAAAAGAAAAGAUUUCUACAGGUCUAUAUCAUUUGGUCUGAAUCGACCAUUGUUUUCAGUGUAUAGAAGGGUGGUCCGAAUGUAUGAUGACAGAAACCAUGUGGGAAAGUACAGCCCUGAGGAAAUAGAGAAGCUCAGCGUACUCAGGCAGAAGCAUGGCAAUGACUGGAUAACAAUAGGGGCUGCCAUGGGAAGAAGUCCAUCUUCAGUCAGAGACCGGUGUCGACUGAUGAAGGAUACUUUCAAUGCAGGAAAAUGGACCAAAGAAGAAGAACAGAUACUUGGAGAUGCGGUUCAUGAGUUGACAGGCACCGAGGUGGAUAAGAAAGUCACUCAGGGUGUGUGUUGGGCAACAGUGGCUCAACGAGUGGGUACUCGCUCAGCAAAGCAGUGUCGUACUAAAUGGCUCAACUACCUGAACUGGAAACAGACUGGAGGUGUUGAGUGGACAAGGAAAGAUGAAGUCAAUCUCAUUCACAGGCUAGAAAAGCUUGAUGUAGCUGAUGAAAGUGAAAUUCGCUGGGAUGAAUUAGCUAAUGGAUGGGAAAGUGUUCGUUCACCACAAUGGCUGCGAAGUAAAUGGUGGAACAUCAAAAGACAAAUUACAAAUCACAAGGAUUUUGCAUUCUCAGUCCUAGUAAAAUGUCUCCAACAAGUAUAUGAAAGUCAGAAUGCCAGCUUCAUGUUUUGGGAGAAUAAAUCAGGAUCAGAAGUAUCAGACAGUAACCCUGAUGUCAGUGCGCAACAAGUCCCCUUUGGAGUCACAGGUAUAGAAGAUAACAAAUCCAUCUGUCCAGCACCUGUGACAGGAUUGCAAAUUACACUGCAGCUGGUCCCCAGGUCCUCAACUGAAUCACCUGCUGGUGGUGUUGACUCUUAA